AUGAUUGAUUUUAACCAAAUUUUCGAAGAUUACGGUUUAACUUUUUUAAAUCACUUUGAUUUCACAAAGAUUUUGAUUGUAACAGCAGUAUGUCUCGUCGUACCUACUCUUUAUCUGUAUAGAAAACGUGCCUCCCGUUUGAAUCGUUCGAGUGUGGUUCCAAAAAAAACUAUUAUUAUCGAAAGAACUACUGCCGUCAACACUUCUGAAGCGGACCCAUCUACUGAUAAAAAUGAAAAUAUUGAUAUUUCUUCUUAUGGAGGAUUUAUUCCAUAUAUUCGUAAACUUCAUGCUGAUCAAGGUGUUUGCGUCUCAUCAAAGUUACCCUAUCCAAAUACUAUUUCAGUUAUCGAUCCUAUGAUCAUAAAAGCUACUUUACCAGUUGGUGAUCGCCCUAUUUAUUUGUUUAAAUUCUUGGAACCUUUUCUUGGGGAAGAUAAUUUACAAAUUUUUGAGGCCGGGAGAGCUGCUAGAUUUAGGAAAUUAAUUGGACUUUCAUUAGGACGUGAAGUUAUUGUUGCAAAGUAUAAAAAUAUUAGAGAUAUUGGAAUCGAAUUGAUUCAAAAAUGGGAAAAACUCGUGAAGAACAAUAAAGAUCAUGUUUUUAAGAUGCAAGAAGAAGGUCUUGAAUUUUCUCUGAGAGCUACUCUUAGUGCUGUUAUCAGCACGGAUAGACCGGAAGAUCUUGAUGUAAACGCCUAUAAAAAGUCCUACGACAUCGUAUUAAGUGGUUUAUAUGAUAAACAAUUUGGUAUAUUGAAUAUUCCACGCGAAGAAGAAUUCCAACAGUCUCUCGAGAUUUUGAAAAGUUUGUCAUGCAACUUGAUUGACCAGAGAAGAAAGAAAGCUGUAGAAACAAAUGAAGAGGAAACCGGAUUGAAAGAUUUACUUGAUAUCCUAGUGUCCAAUAAUGAUCCCGAAACAAAGAAACCAUAUACUGAUAAAUUGGCAUGUUCAUUUUAUUUCCUACAUCUAACGUUGGAAAGAAUUUAUUUUGAAUAUUAA